AUGUCUCUUGCAAUAGCCCGUACGGCGGAAGAGGGCCCCAACUCGCCGGAGUUAGAUAUCGAAAAGAAAGCAAAUGUUCGCGUGAGCAAGCAUUCUGCAUCCGCCGCGGAUGGCCUCGGCGAUCCAGGUCAUGCUCGACAAUUUUUCUUCCAGCGAUCGAAGAACUACGAUCCCGGUGCCAUUGCGACGCAGCCGUCGGUAUACGAUGACCCGGACCUUGCAGAAGCAUACCAACCGUUGGAAAAUUGGGAAAACAUUCAUCGGUUUGAUACCUCCGCGAGGUGGACAUGGGGAGAAGAAAAUAAAGCUGUCGGAAAGCUUGAUAGGCGUAUUAUGAUCCUGGCGUGUAUCAUGAUUAUGGCAUUGGAGCUCGAUCGGUCCAACGUUCAACAAGCCAAUGCGGACAGUCUCUUGGAAGAUUUGAAUAUAACGCGAGACGAUUACAACCUCGGAAAUACGAUCUUCAGGUUAUUCUACCUGUGCAGCGAGUUACCCGGGCAGCUCAUCGGAAAGUCCAUCGGCGUCGACCGGUGGAUUCCCCUACAAAUGACGUGCUGGUCUAUCGUGGCCGCCAGUCAGUUCUGGUUACGCAAUCGAAGCUCUUUCUUGGCUUGUCGAGCCCUCAUAGGAAUGUGCUCAGGAGGGUUCACGCCCACGAUGGUUCUCUACAUGUCUUACUUCUACAAGCACCAUGAGCUUUCCGUCCGCCUUGGAUUCUGGUAUGCGGCGUCUUCACUCGCGGAUAUUGUUGCCGGAUUGCUGGCAUACGCCAUAUUGCAUCUCCGUGGCAUUGGCGGAUAUGCGGGCUGGCGUUGGCUGUUCCUGAUCGAGGGUCUGUUUACUUUGGCGCUUGGUCUCAUUGCAUUCCUCCUGUUGCCGCCGUCGGUCACGCAGACUGCGAGUUGGGCGCGAGGAAAGAAAGGCUGGUUCACGGCACGGGAGGAGACUAUCUUAGUGAAUCGUAUUAUUCGCGAAGACCCGUCGAAAUGCACAGCGAAUAGGCGACAUCUGCUCACUCCGAAGCUUGUCUGGCGAAGCUUCAAGGACUUCGAUCUUUGGCCAUUAUACAUCAUCGGCCUUACAUUCUUGACCCCAUGGACAACCGUCUCGCAGUAUUUCACCUUGAUUAUGAGGGAUUAUGGUUUCGGCACGUUCAACACCGUGUUGCUGUCUGUUCCAUAUAAUCUCGUGGGCAUCACAACGCGAAUCUUGCUUACAUAUUCCGCCGAAUAUUUCGGGUCGAUUGCGGUGAUGGCGAUAUUGGCGCAGGUCUGGACGCUUCCGAUGUUAAUAUACAUUAAUGCCGUGGACUUUGGGCAGGUCAACAGAUGGGUCGCAUGGACAGUCUUGACGUUGUUCCUAUCUCAUCCCAGCGCCCAUGCCCUGCAAGCGGGCUGGAACUCUCGCAAUUCGAACAGCGUGCGAUCUCGCGCCAUCUCUGCAGCGCUAUAUAACAUGUGUACGCAGUUGUCUGCUAUCAUUGCGUCCAAUAUCUACCAGGAUGACGAUGCACCAGGUUACUCGAAAGGUAACCGGGUGAUCUUGGCCCUGGUGUGCGGCAACAUCGCCAUCUACGCAGCCACCAAGGCGUACUACAUUUGGCGCAACCGAGGCCGGGACCGGAAAUGGCAGGCGAUGAGCGAGGAGCAGCGGGUGGAGUAUAUCGCAACCACGGCGGACCAGGGCAACAAACGGUUGGAAUUCCGGUUUGCCCACUGA